AAAUAAGAUAAUGCAUUAAAUCGCUUCAAAAGUAGAUCCCCAAAUUUUCAUCUCUUGCAAACCCUAGAAGUUCAUUUUUACAUAAUCAAGAUCAAAAUGUCAGACAACAUACCUUUCGAAAUCCAAGUGGAAAUUGUGAGAAGGCUUCCUGUCAAAUCAUUGCUUCAAUGCCGAUCUGUCUCCAAAGCCUGGAAGUCUCUGAUCGAUAGCUCUCCUUUUAUUGCUGGUUAUAACGGCAGCUCUCAUGGCUUGUUGUGUUUGAAUGGUUCCGGUGACAACCCUGAUACGGACAUGGCUGUUAUUUGGAAUGUUUCAAUUAGAAAAGCGGUUGCGGUUGUCAUACCUAAUGUGGGGUUUGAGAUUUAUGAAACCAAUUUAUAUGAAACCAAUUUAGGUUUUGGGGUUUGUCGUGUGACUCUUGACCCUAAGAUCAUCAAGAUUACACAUUUUAAUGGAUAUGCCAAUAUGCGAGGUAUAAGUAGGGAUGAGACUGUAGACCCUUGGCAAGUUCAGGUUUUUGCAGUAAGUACUUGGUCUUGGAGAAGCCCAUAUAACAAUCUUCCUCGUAAAUCAAUUAAAUUUGGUUAUUCCACCAUAGUUAUAGACGGGUUUCUUUAUUGGCUUGCUAUUGAUAGGUUUACUCUUACUGGUGCAAUCGCUAAGUGUAAUCUUAUCAUUUCAUUUGACAUUACAAGUGAAGAGUUUAGAGAAGUAGGCCUCCCGAAUAGUUUAGCACACCAAUGUAGUCGUAAUAUGAAAAUUUCUAAGUUAAGAGAGUCUCUUGUUGUGCUUGAACAUGGUGCAGAAGCCAAUAAUGCAAUUUUCAGUGUAUGGAUGAUGGGGGAUGGUGUUCCACAAUUGUUUACAAAGCUAUUCACAUUUAAUGUUAACGCACCACAUGGUGCAACAAUAAGGGGAUUUAGGAAGACAGGUGAGCCUAUAAUUGAAAUUGUAGAAGACCAUGGGAUUUCCAAACUUGUUGUUUAUGAACCCCACUCAAAACAGAUUGAUAAUCUAGGGUGUGAUGGUUUAGAUUUUUUUUGUCAAGUGCAUCCCUACAUGGAAACACUGCUUCUUCUUGAUCAGCCGGAUAGAAAUAUUUUAUAACAAAGGUAAACCUGCAUUUUAGAGUGGACAACUUAGAAGUAUAACAGAAGAAGGCUUUUCUUACAAGCUACAUAUAAAGCAAUAGCUUGGAAACACUUCAGGUACUCUAUUUGUGCAAUACAAGAUGAUCUUCAAAUUUCAAGAUGGUCUGGAUUGUUAGCCUACAUCACUUUUUAUUUGGUAUGUUGUUUAAUCACCUUAUGUUUUGGGACUGAAUUUAGCUAUUCUAGGCAUUUUGCAUAUGUAGAAUGUCUAUUACUUCUUCAA